AUGGCUCCCCAGGGCGAGAGCUCCAGGCAAAAUGGUGCCAAGGGGAAGGGAAAGGACAAGGGAAAAGGCGGUGGCAAGCCGCUCGUCAAGACGAACAAGGCGAAGCGUGAGAGAAUCGACGCUGAACUGAGGGAGCUCCAGGCCAAGAUUGACAACUACGUUGCCCCCAGCGAGAUCACCGAGUUCAAGCAGCUCCCUCUGUCCCAGCCGACAUUGCGAGGACUGAAGAAGGCGCACUUCGUGAACCCGACGCCGAUCCAGGCCCUCUCGAUUCCGCCAGCACUGAAGGGACAGGACAUCAUGGGCUCUGCGCGCACCGGAUCCGGCAAGACGCUCGCCUUCCUCAUCCCUAUCCUCGAGCGCCUCUUCAUCCACAAGUGGGGGCAGAUGGACGGUCUUGGUGCUGUUGUCAUCUCGCCGACACGAGAGCUCGCGAUGCAGACGUUCAACGCCCUCUGUUCGAUCGGUAUGUACCACAACUUCUCGGCUGGUCUCGUCAUCGGUGGCAAGCCGCUGAAGGAGGAGCGCGACCGCCUCAGCCGCAUGAACAUCCUUAUCGCCACGCCAGGACGACUCCUGCAGCACCUUGACAGCACGGUCGGAUUCGAGAGCGCGGGACUGAAGAUGCUGGUGCUUGACGAGGCGGACCGACUGCUCGACAUGGGUUUCCUGCCUGCUCUUCGCGCGAUCGUCAAGCACUUCUCGCCUGGCGGCCACAACGCGAGCCGACAGACGCUGCUCUUCUCUGCUACGCAGAGCAAGGAUCUGGCGACGCUCGCCAAACUCUCGCUUCACGACCCGCUGUACAUUAACACGAACAAGCCGGGAGAGGAGGGCGUCAUGCCGUCGAAUUUGGAGCAGUUCUACACUGUGGUGCCGCUUGAGCGCAAGCUGGACGCGCUGUGGGGCUUCAUCAAGACGCACCUGAAGAUGAAGGGUGUUGUGUUCGUCACGUCGGGCAAGCAGGUGCGCUUCAUCUUCGAGACGUUCCGUCGCCUGCACCCUGGUCUUCCCCUCAUGCACCUGCACGGCAAGCAGAAGCAGCCGACGCGCAUGGAGAUCUUCGCCAAGUUCUCCAGCUCCAACUCGGCCCUUCUCAUCUGUACCGACAUUGCGGCUCGCGGUCUCGACUUCCCCGCCGUUGACUGGGUUGUGCAGCUCGACUGCCCCGACGACGUUGACAGCUACAUCCACCGUGUCGGACGAACAGCCCGUUACCAGUCUGAGGGCAAGGGUCUCUGCAUCCUCCUUCCCUCGGAGGAGGAAGGCAUGCUCGCCCGCUGGGCCGAGAAGGGCAUCGAGGUGAAGAAGAUCAAGAUCAAAGAGAGCAAGAUGGGCAACCUCGAGCAGCAGAUGCAGAACUUUGCGUUCAAGGAGCCUGAAAUCAAGUACCUCGGUCAGAGGGCGUUCAUCUCGUACAUGCGCUCGGUCCACAUCCAGAAGGACAAGUCGAUCUUCAAGCUGAGCGAGCUGCCGGCCGAGGCGUAUGCGGCGAGCAUGGGUCUGCCGGGAGCGCCGCAGAUUAAGCUGCUGGAGGGCGGCGCGGGUGCCGGACGGAAGAACCGGUCGCGCGGCAGCCAGAAGAAGGAGGAGGAAGAGGAGAAGGACGAUGGUCCAAUUGUCAUCCACCAGAAGCUCGCGAGCGACAGCGAGGAGAGCGAGGGUGACGACGAGGACGAGUCCGAGGAGGAAGAAGAGAGCGAGGACGAGGCUGAGGACGAGGAGGGCUCCGGCUCCGAGUCGGGCAGCGAGGAGGAGAGUGGCAGCGAGUCGGACGACUCGUCGCGGCCAGUACGGACCGCGCCGAAGGUGCGCACGAAGUACGACAAGAUGUUCGAGCGCAAGAACCAAACCCUGCUUUCGGAGCACUACAACAAGAUGGUGGAGCACGAGGACGACAGCGACGACGACGUCUUCACGCUCGCGCGGGUGAACCACGACCUGUCCGGUGGCGAGGAGUCGGACGCCGAGGAGGCUGCCGGACCCUCGGAGCCGCUCAUCUCGUCCGAGGACCUGUCCAAGCGCAAGCUCAAAGCCGCCUCGACGAAGAAGGGCGUGCUCAAGUCUCGCCCCGCGCCGACAAAGCUCGUCUUCGAGGACGACGGCACGGCGCGCGACUUCUACAAGGCCGGAGCGCGUGCAGAGGAGGAGGCCGGAGGCGAGGAGGCGCGCCGCAAGUUCUUCGAGCAGGAGAAGGAGCGCAUGAAGGAGGCGGACGUCAUCGACCGACAGGUCGCGAGGGAGAAGAGGAGAGAACUCAAGCGCAAGCGCAAGGAGCGCGAGAGAGAGGUGAGUGCUUGUUUCUGGGUCUGUGUGUUUGUCUCGGUCUCAGUCUUGGUCUGGUUUCGGUCUGGUUUCGGUCUGGUUUCGGGUUGGGUGGGGUUCUGA